AUGAUGCCUAUCUACACCAUCUUUACUAUGUUGUAUGUCAUAAACACAAUACUUAUAAGCAUCUCAGCAACUGAUACAGGAAACGAGACAGAUCAUCUCGCAUUGCUCGCCUUCAAGUCUAAGAUUACACACGAUCCUCGAGGGGUUCUAAAGUCUUGGAAUGAUUCAACCGAGUUUUGCCAAUGGGAGGGGGUUGUUUGUGGUCAUCGACACAAACGAAUCACAGCAUUGUUAUUGCACGAUGAAGGUCUCGCAGGAACCUUAUCACCAUACAUAGGAAACUUUAGUUUUCUACGUAUUCUGAGCAUGUCUAACAAUACUUUGACCGGCCAUAUUCCUCCUGAAGUUGGCCGCCUUUUUAGGCUGGAAAUACUCGAAUUGAAGUACAAUUCUUUCGAAGGAGAAAUCCCUGCAAAUAUAUCGGGUUGUUUGCAACUCAAUAAACUCGUACUGAGCCACAAUAAACUAGUUGGAAAAAUCCCAUUUGAGCUUCGGUUCUUGUCUAGAUUACAACAACUGAGGCUUGAUCAGAAUAACUUAACAGGUGACGAUCUUUCUAUGCUUGCGAAUUUAACUUCUCUACAAGCAUUAGUCUUAUCGUCGCAGAUAGAACAGGGCGGGCUUGGUUUCCAAGGAAGCAUCCCGGAUUUCAUUGGGACCUUCCAAGACCUUAAUGUUCUUGCACUCGGUGCAAAUUCAUUCACCGGUAAGAUUCCUACAUCCUUGUACAAUUUGUCCAUGCUUCAAGUAUUCUCUUUGGGUACGAAUUUUUUAGAAGGGCGUCUUCCAUCUGAAUUCGGCCUCUAUUUUCCACAACUUCAAUUGCUUGAAAUAGCUGAGAAUCGACUAACUGGGCCUAUCCCACUUUCGUUAUCCAACCUCUCAAUGCUUGAAGAAAUAAACCUUUCGUCCAAUGAAUUCAAUGGAAAAUUUGAAUUCGAUGGAAGCAAUAUGCAAAACUUGUCAAAACUCUUUCUUUUUUCGAAUCAUCUAGGCAAUGGAGAUCUUGAUGACCUCGGUUUUUUGAACACACUAACCAACAACACUAGUUUCAAAGUCUUGAAUAUGAACGACAAUCGCUUUGGUGGGAUCAUUCCCGACUCCAUUGGAAAUCUAUCGGCCACAACCAUAUGGCUAGACCUUAGAGCUAACCUUAUAUCAGGUAGAAUUCCUUUCGGGUUUGGGAAUCUAUUGAACCUACGUUCACUUUUGUUAAGUUAUAAUCGAAUCAUCGGAGCUAUUCCAGCUGACAUUAGCCACAUUCCUGGCUUACAACUUCUGGACCUGUCAAGAAACCAGUUAUCUGGUAACAUUCCCUUGUCUUUAGAAAAUUUAACCUGGCUCAGUACGCUAGACUUGUCGUUCAACAAGAUUCGAGGGGCUUUACCACCGACACUUGCCAAUUGCACGAGUUUGCUCCAGCUCGAUCUUAAUGAUAACAACCUAGUCGGAAAUAUACCAUAUCAACUCUUCCAAGCUUUAACUUUAUAUGAACUUAAACUUGAUCAUAACCACCUACAAGGCUCUAUACCAUCUGAAAUUAGCAACUUGCAAAAGUUAGUGAUUUUAGAUAUGUCUAGCAAUAAUCUAUCUGGGAAUGUUCCAAGUAGUCUUUCACAGUGUGUCGCUCUUACGGAUCUAUAUAUAGGAAGUAAUUCCCUUGACGGGUUCAUCCCUCCGUCUUUUAAACUCUUGAAAGGUCUCGAAAUUGUUGAUCUGUCUCACAACAAAUUUUCGGGCCAAGUGCCCGACUAUUUCUCGAACUUUUCCUCUUUAAAAGUGCUGAAUUUGUCUUUCAAUAACCUUGAGGGGAAUGUUCCAACCAAAGGAGUGUUCACUAAUCUCAGUGGAGUAUCUCUAGUUGGAAACAGAAAACUGUGUGGAGGAAUUCCACAACUCAAACUACCAUUAUGCCCAACAAUGAAAUCUAAGGGGAAAAAGAAGUCGUACACACUUCUCAUCGCGGUGUUAGUAUCUUGUGUAAUUAUCGGGCUUGCAACUGCCACUUCCGCCUACCUCCUUUGCACUAGGAAGAAAAGACGAGCAUCUUCUUCAGAGACAUUACACAAGAAACGAUUUAUUAAAGUGUCAUACGACAUGCUCUUGAAAGCCACCAACGGUUAUUCUCCUGCAAACUUAAUUGGUUCGGGUGGAUUUUCUUCGGUUUACAAAGGAACCCUUUUGCUAGACGGAACAUCAAAGGAUGUAGCUAUCAAAGUGAUGAACAAUCAACAGAGCGAAGCCAGUAAGAGCUUUCUAGCGGAAUGCUUAGCAUUAAGGAUUAUCCGACAUAGGAACCUUGUGGGAGUAAUCACUGCCUGCUCGAGUAUCGAUUUUCAGGGCAAUGAUUUUAAGGCGCUAGUCUACGAGUUCAUGUCGAAUGGGAGCCUCGACAGAUGGUUACACCCAAGUGCAGAACAAGAUGAACAGUUUCAAAGCUUAAGUCUUCUGCAAAGGUUGAAUAUAGCCAUAGAUGUUGCACAAGCACUAGACUAUAUACACAGUGGCAAUGAGACUCCAAUCAUUCAUUGUAAUUUGAAGCCCACUAAUAUUUUGUUGGAUCAGGAUUUGACGGCUCAUGUUGGAGAUUUUGGGUUGGUGAAGCUUCUUCCAAAGAUGUCUGAACAACUCUAUAACAGCAGCUCCAUUGGAGUUAGAGGCACAGUUGGUUAUGCUGCUCCAUGUAAAUUUAUUCGAGCACUAUCAGUAGACCUGUCAAAACAAUUAGACGAGGGUUUUACGUCAAGUCAUUUUCAAUUGAAUUAA